CCAUGUUGCUCAAAGUCAUAUAUUCUGUCUUGUUCGUUCUUACAUCUGCCAAAUGUUGUUUGAGUGCUGGAAUCAGUUCCAACAUCGGGUGCUUACGAACAGAAAAAACCGCCCUCCUUCAGUUCAAACAAGGCCUGAUCGACAAGUCCAACGUUCUUGCUUCUUGGGAAACCGGCAAAGAUUGUUGCGAGUGGAGAGGAAUCACUUGCAACAACAAAACAGGUCAUGUUGUCAUGCUAGAUCUCUAUUACAAUUCUUCUGAUAUUUAUAAUGCUGAAACUCCUCUGAGUGGUGUGAUUGCUCCUUCUCUACUUGAAUUGCCAUAUCUAACUUACUUGGACCUCAGUUUCAAUAAUUUCCAAGGACAAAUUCCCAAGUUCAUCGGUUCCUUGAGUCGAUUGGAACAACUCAAACUAGCAGGUGCUAAUCUUAGCGGACCAAUUCCUCCCCAACUCAGAAAUCUCUCUAGUUUGUAUACUCUUGAUCUUGCAUGGAACUAUGUCACAUUUGAAAAUCUCGAGUGGUUAUCUCAUCUUUCUUCUUUGAGGUACUUGAAUAUGUCGCGUCUUAAUUUUUCCGAGUUUGUAAAUUGGCCAGAAUCUAUAAGCAAACUCCCUUCACUUGUUGAGCUCCAGUUAUCUUCGUGUAAUCUUCCCAAUGUCGAACUAAGUUUUGUCAAUUCUUCAAACUCUCUUGAAGUCCUUGAACUCUCGGAUAAUCCUCUUAAUCUUUCAAUAUUUAAUUGGAUCGCCAAUGUCAGCACCAACCUUGUUCACAUUGGUUUAGCUGGUGAUCAGAUUCAAGGUCCCUUCCCAGAUGUUUUCGCAAAUAUGGUUUCUCUCGUGUCUCUUGAUCUCUCGUAUAACAAACUUGAAGGUGGGAUACCAAAAUCCUUUCGAAACCUUUGCAGCUUAGAGUCGUUGAAUUUAGAGGGAAACUCACUUUCCGACAGACUUGAAGACUCUGUCGAAAACUUGUCUUGUGCUCAAGACACCCUCGAGUCCUUGUCUUUAAGUGGGAACCCGUUUUCAGGUUCAUGUCCUGACAACCUUACAAGAUUUUCAUCCUUGAAAGAAUUGUACAUUGAUGGCACCAACGUAAGUGGAUCUCUUCCAAAAAGUUUUCAGCCACUCUCCCAGCUAAGAUCCUUGAGCCUAGUUCUAAACCAGUUCACCGGAUCACUACCUGAUUUUACAGGUCUUUCGUUGUUAAGGCAGUUGUUUAUCUCCAAAAAUCAACUCAACGGAUCUCUACCUGAGAGUAUCGGCCAACUUUCCAGCCUCGAAGAUUUAGAUCUUUCUUGGAAUUCUUUAAAUGGUGUCAUAACUGAAGUGCACUUCUCCAAUCUCUCCCGUUUAAACUUUUUGGAUUUUUCUCAUAAUCCCUUGUCUUUCAACUUGAGCUCGGAUUGGAAUCCACCUUUCCAAAUCAAAAUUAUAGGAUUGUCCUCUUGCAAGGUUGGCCCUGCAUUUCCGAAAUGGAUUCAAACUCAGACAAAACUUACUUCACUUGACAUGGUUAAUGCUGAGAUUUCGGAUUCUAUACCUGAUAAGUUUUGGGAUCUGUCUUCCAGCUUAGUCGAGUUAAACCUAUCAAUGAACCAAAUCCAUGGAAAGUUGCCAAAUCUGUCAACAAAAAACUGCACCUUCGAUUCUUUUGACUUGUCAUCUAAUCUCUUGGACGGCCCACUUCCACCAUUUCCUUCAAGUGUAACCGUCCUGCGUCUCUCCCAAAACAUGUUUUCGGGACCCUUAUCUUCCUUUUGUAAAACAGAAGCUUCAAACUUGUUUAAUCUAGACCUUUCCGACAAUCAGCUAUCCGGUGAACUUCCUGGUUGUUGGAUGCAGUUUCAAGGUUUGCUCUUUUUGAACAUGGCUAAAAACAAUUUCUCAGGGAAAAUUCCAAGCUCAUUAGGCUACUUAAAGGAUGCUGUAUUGUUACGCUUACAGGACAACAAACUUUCUGGAGAAUUGCCUUCUUUGGAGAACUGUACAGAAUUAAGAGUUGUUGACCUCGGUUCCAAUAAACUAUCUGGAAAAAUACCGACAUGGAUAGGCCUGAGCCUAACUAAGUUGCUGGUUCUUCGCUUAAAGUCGAACGAGUUUUAUGGAAGCAUACCUUUAAGUCUAUGUAGUCUUCCUGCCCUUCAUGUUUUGGACUUCUCCAACAACAACAUAUCCGGAGCCUUGCCACAUUGCCUCGCUAACAUAACAGCUUUGUCCUCGAUGUCCCCUGAGGUGGAGGACAACAUCAUUGUUGGGUUUGUGCAACUGACAUGGAAAGGAAUAAAGAUUGAGUUCGGGGAAAAUCUUAAGCGUUUGAGAAGCAUUGACAUUUCGAGCAACAACUUAAGCGGACACAUUCCAGAAAGUGUAACAAGUUUGCUGAAGUUGAUUUCUCUGAACCUGUCAAGAAACAGUUUUACUGGGGAGCUUCCUAACAACUUUGGUCAGCUGGAGAUGUUAGAAUCGCUUGAUUUGUCACGAAACCAGAUAUCUGGUAGCAUUCCUCCGAGUUUUUCAAGCUUACAUUAUCUUAGUGUCUUGGACUUGUCAUACAACAACUUAUCAGGAAGAAUUCCCCUGAGUACUCAACUUCAAAGUUUUAAUGCUUCUCAAUUUACGGGAAAUCUUGGACUUUGUGGACAACCGCUCACACCAGAAUGCCCGGGAGAUGUAACAACGGAAGAUCCUUCAGUCCCCAAUGGCAGUGGAAGUGACAAGACCAAACAAGAUGAUGAUGGUCUCAUAAGCUUGGGAUUUUAUGUUAGCUUGGCGCUUGGAUUUAUCAUAGGAUUUUGGAGUGUUUGUGGUACUUUAGUUCUCAACGCGUCUUGGAGAUACGCAUAUUUCCGGUUCUUUGAUGAUAUAAAAGCUCGGAUUAUGUGAAGACCGUUGCCUGUGAAGGCAAAGCAGCAAGGGAGAUUUCAAAGAUAUGGAACCACAAGGAUCAUCUCGUGUGCGCCCUACGACCUCUAAUAGAAGGAAUAAAAGUCAACGACAAAUAAUAUUGUAGGUCUUCUUGGGGCAAAAGCGUACUAUAAAACUUAAAUUUCGAAUGGCUCAACUUUCGUUAUUUUAUAUGCAAUAUCAAAAGUGUUUUUUUCUUUUAUUCUGAUGCAAUGUGAUAUAAAAUGUCAUCAACUAUGAUGCUUGUUUGUCUCAAGGGUUAUGUAUAAUAGAUUGCUCUGUUGUGCUGUGUGUGUGUAGGACUGACUUUCAGUCGGAUGAGAUCUUCCCAUAUGACUUUUUUUUUUCUUCGAUUUUGUGUAUUUCGGAAUUUCAGAUUCUUGUUGGUCGAAAUAUUUUGGAACGUUUUUGGCUCGC